AUAUGUACACUCUUUAAUGCUGUUAUCUUCUUGCAUACCAAAAUGGCAUCAGGUUUGGUGCACCUUAAAUUUAUAUCCCCAAAAAAAAAAAAAUGGACAUCAUGGAUCAUUCAGAUUUGUGCUGUAGGUGGAUAUUAUCCAUAUUUUUCCACUGUGGGAUCAUUCUUUUCUGCAUUAAUGUUCAUAUGGAAUCUGCAUCCUCAGCUCCUGAUUAUGGAAAUGAAUCCGAUCAUCUAGCUUUACUAGACUUGAAGAAUAAGAUAAUCCAAGAUCCUCUAGGAAUCAUGAACUCCUGGAACCAUUCCAUCCAUUUCUGCAACUGGGUUGGCAUCACAUGCAACCCGUCAAGCAAACGAGUAUUGGCUUUGAACCUAAUGGCUCUAAAGCUGGGUGGUUCAAUCCCACCUUCAAUAGGAAAUCUCACUUACCUCACAGAAAUUCGCCUGCAAAAUAACAGCUUUCACGGUGAAAUUCCUCAAGAAAUGGGUCAUCUUCUGCAGCUGCAGCAUCUUAACUUAUCGUACAAUUCCUUUGUGGGAAAGAUUCCAACAAAUAUAACUCACUGCAAAGAGCUAAGAUAUUUAAUUGUAAGUGGCAACAAACUUACUGGGUCAAUUCCAGUCCAGUUCAGUUCCCUAUCAAAAAUGGUGGGCUUGGAUUUUAGCAAGAACAAUCUUACUGGAAGUAUCCCAGCUUGGAUAGGAAAUUUCACUUCUCUGUACUCGCUUUCACUUCGCCAGAACAAUUUCCAAGGAAGCAUACCCGAAGAUCUUGGCCAUCUAAAAGGCUUGGGGGAAUUCAUACUCACGGACAAUAAUCUCUCUGGUAUUGUUCCUCCUUCUAUUUAUAAUAUCUCCUCCAUAUACUAUUUCACGUUUACACAGAACCAGCUACAUGGAAGCCUACCACCAGAUGUUGGCAUUACUUUGCCUAAUCUCGAAAUAUUUGCUGGUGGAGUUAACAGAUUUAAUGGCCCUAUUCCCGUAUCAUUGUCCAAUUGUUCUCAACUUCAAAAGCUUGAUUUUGCUCAAAAUCAUCUCAGUGGAACAGUGCCUGAGAAUGUAGGGAGCUUGAACAACUUGAAUAGACUCAAUUUUGAUGAUAAUUUGCUGGGAAAUGGAAAAUCCGGUGACCUUAAUUUUCUUAGUUCAUUGGCCAAUUGUACUGUUAUGGAGGUGUUGGGUCUGGCCUACAACAAUUUUGGAGGAGAACUGCCUAGAUCCAUAGCUAACCUAUCAUCUCAUAUGAGCAGAUUAACUAUUGGGGGGAAUAUCUUACAUGGAAGUAUUCCAAAUGGGAUCGGAAACCUUGUCGACUUGACCAUUCUCGGAUUGGAGACUAACCGGUUAGGAGGUACUGUACCUGAAAUAAUAGGGAAGUUUCACAAGCUACAGGGACUUUACUUGAGAGGAAAUAUGUUUUCUGGGUCAAUACCCUUUUCCUUGGGUAACUUAACUUCAUUGAGCGUUCUCUUUUUGGAGGAGAACAAAUUUGAGGGAAGCAUACCUCAAAGUCUUGGAAACUGCACAUUUUUGAUGACCCUUAACCUUUCCAGCAACAGUCUCAGUGGUAACAUUCCCAGAGAGGUCAUCGGUCUUUCUUCCCUUACAAUAUCUUUGUCACUGUCUCAAAAUUCCUUAACUGGUUCCUUACCAUCUGAGGUGGGUGUAAAUCUUGAGGAGUUGGAUUUAUCAGAAAACAAGUUAUCAGGUGAGUUGCCAAGCAACCUUGGAAAAUGUGUUAGUUUGGAACGCUUGCAUUUGGAGGGCAACGAAUUUGAAGGUACAAUCCCUCAGACUCUGGAAAGUCUAGGAGGUUUGGCAGAAAUGGAUCUUUCCCGAAAUAACUUAUCUGGGUUGAUUCCAAAAUUUCUUAGUAAACUUUCAACUCUUAAGUUUAUUAAUCUUUCUUAUAAUAAUUUUGAGGGUGAAUUGCCAAGAGAAGGGAUUUUUGCAAAUGCUACUGCAGUUUCGAUUCUUGGAAAUGAUAAGCUCUGUGGUGGCAUCCCAAAACAGCUUUUACCACCAUGCCUCAAGCACAAUUCAACGAGGAAAAUAUUUUCUCUGAAGGUGGUAGUCCCAGUAACUUGUGCCGCUAUAUUGUUAGCAGUUAUAUUGAGCUUUUUGGUUGGUUAUUACAUAUGGAGGCCUGUUACUAAAUAUUCGAUUGAGGAUUGGCAAUCGAAUAUUUCUUACUCGGAUCUUUUUCAAUCCACAGAUGGGUUCUCUGAGAACAAUCUAAUUGGUUCGGGUAGCUUUGGUUCUGUAUAUAAAGGCGUUCUUUCUAGAGAUAACACAAUAGUCGCGAUUAAAGUAUUAAACCUUCAGCAACAAGGAGCUUCCAAGAGCUUCCUUGAGGAGUGCAAUGCUUUGAGAAGCAUUAGACAUCGUAAUCUUCUUAAAAUCAUUACUACCUGCUCAAGCAUCGACCACGAAGGUAACGACUUCAAAAGUCUAGUUUUCGAGUUCAUGGCCAAUGGAAGUUUGGAGCAGUGGCUGCAUCCGAGGGACAAUGGUGAACACUUGAAUAAGAGAUUGAGCCUUAUUCAGAGACUGAACAUAGCCAUCGAUGUUGCUUCUGCUUUGGGUUAUCUCCAUCACGAUUGUGAAACACCUAUAGUUCAUUGUGAUCUAAAGCCGAGUAAUGUUCUUCUUGAUGAAGAUAUGGUUGCUCAUGUUGGUGACUUCGGACUAGCAAAGUUCCUCUUUGAAGCAUCAGAUAACCCCUCGGAAAGCCAAACAAUGUCUGUUUCGCUAAGGGGUUCUAUUGGGUAUAUUCCUCCAGAAUAUGGCAUGGGAGGCCACGUUUCCAUACUUGGAGAUAUCUACAGCUAUGGUAUAUUCUUGCUAGAGUUGUUCACAGGAAAAAGACCUACUGAUGAUAUCUUCAAAGAUGCUAUGAGCAUUUACCAGUUCGUGGAGGUGGCUUUGCCUAAUCAUGUCAUGGAUAUAGUAGAUCCUUCGUUGCUAUUUGAAGAUGAUGAAUAUGAGGAAAAUGAAACCGACAUUGAAGAGAUGGCAAUGAAAAAUGUCAAUCGCCAAGUCAAUGUUGGAAGAAGAACAAAAAAUUGUUUGAUCUCGGUGAUGCAAAUUGGACUCAUGUGCUCCAGACAUUCACCAGGAGAGCGGAUGCUUAUGAACAUGGUUGUCAACAAAAUGCAAGCAAUUAGAGAAUCAUAUCUCAAAAUGCAAGAAGAGAUUUUAUUCCAGAUAUCAGCAUGAGAAGAAAUCAUAAAACCUUCAAGCCUGUCUGGCCAUGUAUUAAAAAACUGUUUUCUUGGUAUUGUUUAUCUUUUAAAACUGAAAAAAACAAGUUCAAGUACGUGAGCAUAUAUGGAGAGAACGACUAAAAAGCUAAAUAAACCAUGGUGACAACCAGAACAAUGAUUCUCAAAUAAAAACACCAAAGCUAAUGGUGUAUUUGUGAUGAAGUAUUACUAAAUCUACUGAUAUCCUUACAACAUGUCAAUGAAGUAUUAA